CUACAUAUUCUGUCACGCGUAAAAGGGAUGUCCCGGUACUUCACAGUCGAUAUAAAACAAGAAAGACGCUUCAGACCAACAGAAAACAAUCUUGGGUAGUACUCAAGUUCAGACGGACUGAAAGUAAUAAUCUCUGGUAGUAAACAACUUGCAGUCAUGUCGGCAAUGUGGAGCAGCGCAGCAGGUAAACCUCACUUCGGCCCAUGGCUUAUAGAUCAGGUGAAAAGCGGCCAAUAUAAGGGAUUGAUCAUGAUGGAUAAUGAUACUUUUCGGAUACCCUGGAAACACAAUGGACGAAAAAACCUAGAGGAUGAGGACUUCAAAAUAUUUAAGGAAUGGGCUGUAGUUAGUGGUAAAAUCCAGGAGAACCCUCACGACAAAGCAAAAUGGAAGAGGAAUUUCCGUUGUGCACUUAAUAGCCUUAGCAAAUACUUUGAGAUUGUUCAUGACCACUCCAAAGACCAGGAUGAUCCCCACAAAAUUUUCCGCAUAAUACAUCCUCAGAAUCACCAAGUGACCCAGAACGUCGAUCCGAAUGUGCCAUUCAUUGAACAGAUGUACAAUACAACCGACAUGUCUCUAAAUAUGGAGCAAGACUUGCUCCACCAGAUGGAUUCUAUAGAUCUGAAUCAACAAUAUACAGAGCACCAACCAUGGGAGACCUCCCAACAAAACAUACAGACCGGCAUGAGCUACAACGAAUCCCCCGAAUCAGGUGUGCAGGACCUGGUUCAGAAUCACACGCCACCCCCUGUUCAGCAACCACAACCUAUAGAGAGCCCCAUCAUCUGUAACAUCAAUGACCUGGAGAUCACUAUCAGCUACAGAAAAACAGAGGUUUUCAAAGACUGCCUGAAUUCACCAUUGGUACACUUUCACUACCGGUGUGACCCCACCGAGCUGAAGGGAUGGCCCAUAUGCUUCCCGUCCACCGAGAAUCUGGUCGACCGCGUACAGAUCAAACUCACUGAAAAAAUCCUAGACAGCAUUGAGAGAGGCCUGCAACUGGAAAUCACACCGAAGGGCAUUUAUGGCUUCCGUCAGGACAUGUGUAUAGUCUACGUCAGCACCAGGGACCCCUCCGAGAUCCAAAACCCAGAACCGAGGAAACUACACCAGAACUUCAAAGAACAACUGUUCAGCUUCGAGAAGUACUGGACAGAUCUACAGGAUUUUGUCGAGAAUAAACGAGGAUCUCCAGAUUACACCAUCUACCUGUGCUUCGGGGAGAAACUGCCUGAUGAAAAGCCACUGAAUAAGAAACUUAUCAUUGUCAAAGUUGUACCGCUGAUAUGCCGUGAACUUCACAUGAUGGCUCAGAACGACGGAGCGUCAUCUCUUCGGAAUGAAAAUGUUAGCUUGCAAAUAUCUCAUCAUAACAGCCUUUUUGACCUUAUAAAUUCUUUGAGUUGUAAUGCACUCUAAAUCUUGACAAUGUUUUAAACCCCCCCCCCCUUAAACACUCACAUAUUUAUUCAGUGAUUCAUGAAAACAUGUACAGUUGACACUUCAGACACCUCCCCCCCAAGUUCAAGUUUGUAUAUAUGCAUGUAUGUUGCACUUCUAAAAAAAAAAAAGUUAGAGCACUAUCAGCAGGAAGUUCCAUUGGGGCUUUUUUAGGUGAUCUUUUCUGGUCUUGUAAUAGUCCCAAAUUUAUGUGAGAAAAGGUCCGGUCUUUCUGAUAUUUUUUUUUAAUCUCACUGAAACUGUAUUUUUCAAAAGAGCAGAAACUUUGUCAAUAUCUUCUAUUUUUAUAUCAUUUAUAUCUUCUUGUGAAGAGUCUUGCACACAUCGUCCCAAAGAGACGAAUUUGCAUUGCUUAUUAUAGUGUAUUGCUUCUUUGCACAUGUUGGUGUCAUAUUACAAAAUAAAUUAAUCACUAUUUAAA